AUGGAAGAAACAAGGAAAGAAGAGGAGAUGCGGGGAAAUACUCAGAAACAUUGGAACGAAGCUCCAAAUUUCGACACGAGAGACGAGAGAUCAGCUUUCGGUCCACUCCAACCUUCACCAGGCUUUUUCCAGCAGCAAAAUCACGCUUUGUGCUCUCAAUUGCCUUCAGUUGGUUUGCAGAAUUCCAAUGCAUUGUCUCAGAUGUCAGUAUUUCCUUCUCGAUUUUACUAUCCGUGCUAUACUCCUUCUCCGUAUCCCAGACCAAUGUUUGAUCCGUGUACGUCAUAUCCCGCAUUAUACCAAAGUGAAGGUAAUAAUUACUCGUUAGUCACCUAGCUACCAGUAAUUGCUUCAACAAUGACAAAGUCAAUUUUCAACAUUUUUGUUAGCUUGCGUAGCAGGCGUAGAAAAGGGGUAGGGGAUAGGGAGGAAGGGGAAAAGGGGAGGGGGGUUGGCGCCUGCAACGCAGGCUACAUUUUUGUCUUAAUUCUUCGCGGACAAUACUACUCAAAGCCUUAGAAUAUUUUAGAUGGACUCUUUAGCAAAUACUUUAUGAGAUAGCUGACAAACAAUAGUUUCAACGCCAAGAGACACCUGAACUUUUUAAGUAGUUCAUCCACUACAAAAGUAUUUAAUUUUCCUUAUUUAGAAUUUCGUCCUAAAGAAAAACGCCGUCGCUGUAGAACAGUCUUUACACAGGAGCAGCUCUAUCUACUUGAACAGGGUUUCUUGCAACAAAAAUACCCUGACGGCAAGUUUCGACAAGAGAUGGCCGUGAAAACUGGACUCGCCGAGGACAGAGUACAAGUUUGGUUCCAAAACAGGCGUGCGAAGGAAAAGCGGCUUUUGGAGGAGAAACUCUUCCGUGAAAAUCAACCAGAGAACAUAACUAGGCUGGAAAAUAACAUGUGCGACUCUGUGGCGAGUGCUGUGGACGAGAGCGGACAAAUGCUAAGUAAUAGUCACCAAUCUCUGCAGGAAGAACACAUAAGAAAACUUGAUAAUUUGGUAACAACAGAAGUGGAAGACAGUGGUUUGGCAAACAGUGCUCUAGGUAUGUUCAUUGAACUCAUUACAGUAAGAUAUGUUUCAAGAUCUUCUACGGCAGUUCAGUUUUUUAUUCGGCUCUGUACCUACAACGAGCGACAAUAACCGUAGACAGUAUCUCUUUUGACCCACAUUUUCUCCUGAUAGUGUUUUUCCGUUUCAUCUGCUCGGUCUCCAUUGUUCUCACGCCCCUUCCCACAGUGCCAGCCCCUCUUUUAGACUCACUGCACGUCAGAGAGCUGUUAGAAUGUAUUUUUCUUUUGUGGUUUAAUGAGAUACAAAAACAAUGAAAACCGCCAUGGUUAACCGCGUAAGGGGUUUGCGGUGAUGCGGUUUUGCAGAUCCAGGUGGGUUUUCGGUAAUUUUAUUUUGUGACGUCAUCGGUUUUAACGGUUUGCGGGACAACUUUUCGCGGUUUUCGAAAAACGUAUGCAGACUUUUAGAAGAGAUCCGGUUGUUUUCAAACCAUCCCAGAAUGAGCACAAUUCAGUCAAGGACACCGGAGAAAGAAGAAAAAACCACGUGACAAGGACCUGAAAUUCCAUCCAUGAAAAUCUUGUACACCAUUACCCACUUUUGAUUUGCGCUUUCACCUAAUCCUAAGAUCCUGAAAGCGAAAAGUAAUUAAUUGCCUAAAAAACUUCUUCCCAGAAAAAGGAAGGGAAGAAUUACAGAAAAAUGCCAAGCAAGAGAAAAAAAAAAUGAGGCAAGAAAAGUUUGGAAAAAAAACUUAGUUUUAAUGUAAUGAAAAAGCUCCCAAAAAACGUCUACGCAUUCGAAAAAGUAAAAAGUCAAGACUGCUGUGUCACUUUUAAACCCAAAAACUAUGUCCAAAGGGCUUUUCCUUUGGGACCCUUUUAGGUUUUGAACAUUGCCCGAACUGGCUUGUUAAGCUGAUAUUUUGCAUCUGGAUCAAAAGGGGCCGCCAAAUGUAACGACCUUUAAACAGGUUUAAUUUAUGGAAAAGUUUUAGCUCGUUUUAUCGGAAAAGCACGACAGUGACCAGAAAACCACUCGACUAGCUUCAAAACGCGUUUUUCGGCAAAAUCUCCAGGAGCGAAUGGGUUAAUGAGAUACAAAAACAAUGAAAACUACGAUGUCUACAUGGUGAGCGUUCGAAAGAAAAUGACUGCACGGGGAAGAAUUGGAACUGUUAGCGCCCCGGCACGCCUAGCCUGUUCCAGGCUCCGAGAUAGUCUGGUCAGCAGUGAUUGAGAAAACGGGAACACACCCCGCCCACCUUUUCGCGUACCUUUUCCUUUCGCGUGUUCCCCACUAUGUGAGAACCUGGAACAGACUAUGGCAUAGCCUACGAACAGCAGACGUAUUUCCGGUCGUCGUUUCUCUUCCUCCGAAAAAUAACGUCUGCAAACCCGAGCGCCAAAACGAUUUCCGUGACGUAAAACCUUCAAUGUGCAGCCAGAUGUGAGAAUGCCUUUCAUCUCAAUAGUUAACAUUGAACGUAUAUUUUGAAAGGUCAUAGCAUAAAGUAUAGAAACCUGGUUUCAAGCCAGCUGGUUUUCUUUAAAUUCCAAAAUGUCAGUCAUCAGUUAUUUUGAAAGAGAGAAAAAGCAGUUUGAUUUAGUUUUACCAUGGUUUUUGAGAGAAAGUUCCUUCAAACGUUUAAGAAUUUGUACGUUUUAUAAGAAUGUGUACUUUACAAUUGUUUGAUCUGUCUCAAAGUAAACUAUGGGGGAUACUGAAUGGGUAAUAUAGAAGGCUACCCGCUAAGAAAAAUUGAUUUUUCGGAGGGAGAAAAACGUCUGCUGUUUGCAGGCUUGCUAUUGCACGCCCCUGCAAAAUUGUCAUUUGGAACGUCUUCUUCUGUACAAACGAUUACAGUCAAACCAGGUCAAGCGUUCCCGUCGCUAACAAACUAAUGAAUUCAUUAAUGGAAAAAUGAUUUCGUUUGUUGAUUCAAUAAUCCAUUCAUAAAAUGAAUAAUCCAACAGUCAAAUUGGACCUCGAUUCAAUAAUGAAAUAUUGAUUUGGUUUAUGAACAAAAUCUACCUGUUCUUUAUUCUCGUCUGUUGUGUUCAAUCGAAUUUGCUUCCCUUUUCCUGCCGUUUACGAUUGGGUUUUUCAUUUCCUUUAAUCAAAAUAACUGCUAGAAUAGACAGACCGCAAACGCAAAGAAACUGACAAAGGCCGAGGAUCGAAAUCCACCAAUCACCGCUAAUACACUGACCUCAGUUUGACCAUCGUGUUUUCUAAGAGGUCAGGUCUGGUGCACUGAUUACUGGCAGCAAAAUGGCGUACAUGUAACAGUUUGUUUGGGUUUGAACUUCAGAACUAGCCCGCACUCAACUGAGGUCGACUUGUGGAAAGUGUAGUUUUUAAAAAAACAGUAAUCGAAUCAACAUUCGAUUAUGGAAUCGUGGCUAAAUGUGAAUGUUGGAUUGUUCAUUUUAUGAAUGGAUUAUUGAAUCAACCAACGAAAUCAUUUUUCCGUUCAUGAAUUCAUUAGUUCGUUAGCGACGGGAACGCUUGACCUGGUUUGACUGUAAAUAAACUUGAUUAUUUGAAACUUUAUUUCGUUUGGUUUUAAAGGUGAACUUACAGCACAGAGACUAAGUGAAGGAAACACAGACCUUCCAGAUAUUAACAUCUCUGCGUACCUGACACCAGGUCCCCUACCCGGACCCAACGUUGCGAGAGUAGAAUCGGAUGGUUCGACGAGCAAUCCCGAGGUUGAGCCGAGUGAACAGCGAGUCUUUCUCUCUUUGGAGGCGCCAAUCAGCGCUUCAUUGGAAAGCCUUCCUCGGCAAUUGUUCCUAAACACUGUUUCGACGUUUUGCCAAAACAGCAUUGAUGAAGAAAAAACUGUUUAUCAAGGUAAUUCUACAGGUCUAAUGGAUGUGUUCUUCUCUGAGGCGAUUCACACUGAAGGUGAAGAAACCGUUGUCUCCCAGGACAUCGAGCAGGCAGAAUCCACAAGCGAAACCGGCAUAUCCUCCGCUGAGAAUAAUUCUCCCGAAAUUAAAUACGUUAAUCUUUGUGUGUAG